AAGCCUAACCACUUGACCGACGAACCACACACAUCUCUUCGGUUGUAUUUAUCUUUCUCCCUCUAUUUCUAUAAAAUCGCCGCCAUUGUGCUUUGCUACAUCGGGGACGACCUAAUUUACCAACCAUUGGAUUUCCCAUGAUCAUUUAAGAUUAAGGAAGCUUAUAUAUUCAAGUGGGCAAUCAAAUAGAUGCUCCAAGCAACACAGCAUCCUCACUGUUGUAGCAAGGCAGCGGCAAACCCCAUCCUUUACGCCUUAGCACUUAGCAGGACCAACGAUGUUAUCAAAUAUCUAUCAAUUUUCCAACGCUUUAGUUUCCAAUUAUUUAUUGGAAAUAUAAUCUCAUCAAGUGGGAAGCAUCAUAUGGAACGUGAUCUUGUUGAUAUAUUUAACAUGUCCUUGUUCUAUUUUGUUACAUUAUAUUUUUAUCUCAAGCAAUGUGAUAAUGAGAUGAUGAUGAAGAGGUCAUUAUUUGUUUGUAUCCUAAUGACGUAUAUAACAGUGAUAAUAAAAAUUUGCUUGUUUUAA